AUGGGUAGUACAAGUAAUUCCAAAACUCCAAAGAAACACGGGAACAAUUCAAACUCAACCACCCUAGAAACUAAUUGCUAUGAAGGAGAAACUCUAACCAAUCUGCUUCAGUCAAUCCUUAGGGGAAUUGAAUCUGCAAGACAUUUAGAUGGAAGUUCCUUGCCAGAAAAGAUAUGGAUUAAGCAACAAUUUGCUAUAGGGGUCAAUGACGUAACUCGCGUCCUUGAGCGUAUGAAACCGUGUGCUGAGUUUGAAAGGUCGGCUCAACUCCUCCCUUCAAUCACAAGCAAUCAUAAAACAUCUUCAGUUAAACUUCAGGCUGUGCUUGUAGCUUCUGACUGUAACCCGCGUUGGCUAACAAAGCAUCUGCAAAGUUUGGCUGCAUCAAGGAGUGUGCCCCUGAUCUUUGUUAAGGAUAAUAAAGAAGGUUCUUUGAGAUUAGGUGAAAUUGUUAAAUUAAAAACUGCCAUUGCUAUUGGCAUUAAGGUUAAAGGAAAUGUUAUUAAUAAAAUUCUCGAGGAUAUCAUUCAAGCCGAUGAAUAUAGGCUCCGAUCUGAUAGACCAAAUUCAGCUGGAAUAUUUGACGAUUUUCUAGACCCUAACAAAAAGGGAAAUGCUGUCACAAAUGUAAUAUAA